AUGGCUGACUCCAAACCAAGGGUCUACGUCUUGGACCCCUACCAUCCAGACGCCAUCGCGGCCCUGCAACAAUCAUCCGACAUCAAUGUCGUCCUCCCAACAGACCCAAACAAGAAUAAAUAUGUUGAAAAUGCCACUGCAGUCAUGCUCCGCAGCGAGACUCGCCUAGGCGCAAAUGAACUCGCCAAAUGCAAGAAGCUGAAAUACAUCGUCAAGCAAGGCGUUGGCGUCGACAACAUCGAUCUCAAAGCAGCAGCUGCAGCGGGUAUCAAAGUGUACAAUACCCCGGGUCUGAAUGGAGAAGCAGUUGCUGAGCUCACACUUGCAUUGGCUUUGACGCUGUCACGACGUGUUGCUGAGAUUGACCGUCGGACGAGAAAUGGGGAGGCGAUUGUGAGGAGUCAGACGCUGGGAAAGAGCUUGUUCAAGAAGAACUUGGGAGUUGUUGGAAUGGGGAAUGUUGGGUUCGCUGUUGCUAAGAAGUGGGUUGGAGCUAUGGAGGGCAAUAUCGUCGCUUAUGAUCCCUUCUCUGAUGGAAAGCAGUGGCUUAGCACUUUUGGAGAAAGCAGAUUUCGCCAGGUCUCAACACUUCAUGAUCUUCUGCACGCAUCAGAUGUCAUAACUCUUCAUCUUCCUCUCACCCAGGACACUGAGAACAUCAUCUCAACCGCAGAGUUCAACGCCAUGAAAGAUGGUGCAAUUCUGCUCAACUGCGCCCGAGGUGGAAUCGUUGACGAGGAUGCACUGUUAACUGCACUGAAAAGCGGAAAGCUAUUUGGUGCUGGUCUUGAUGCCAUGGUGGUUGAGCCUCCGACUGCUGAGGCAUACCCUGAGUUGCUGGCGUUGCCGAACGUUGUCUUGACGCCGCAUGUUGGAGCUUCGACAGUUGAGAAUCAGAGUCAGAGUGGUAUGGCGGUUGCGGAGAUUGCGAUGGCGCUCUUAAGAGGGGAGGAGAAAGGGAAUAGAGUAGCUUAG